AUGGCCGCCAUAUCGCUUUCCGAUUUACCUGCUUCGCCUUUGGAACUGAAGUCCAUCAUGCCUUAUCUUCAGCGGGCUAGGGAAAUGGAAAAGGUUGAUCCAGUGAUCACUUAUUGGUGCUCAUUCCAUGCUGCUCAGACCUGUAUGUCUGUCCAACCUGUCGAACCAGAAAGUAGGACGUUCUUGAUGAAACUAUUGGAUUACCUAGAACAGGUCGGUUCCACUGCUAGCCUGUCAGAUCACGAUGCAAUUACCAAUAACAUGGCUGCAACGGCUUAUGUGGAGAAUUUUGCACUCAAGAUCUUUGAUGGUGCUGACCAAGAGGAUCUCAAAGGCAAUUCAACCAAAAGCACGGCUUCAAGAUUCCUCGCAGCUGCUUGUUUUUUGGAAGUCCUUACCUCUUUGACCAAUCAACCCGAAGCAGAUAUCCUUGAGAAGAUCAAAUACGCUAAAUGGAAAGCUGCAUCAAUUGUGAAGGCAAUCCGUGAAGGUACUUCGCAGUCUCAAACCCUCACCGGGUCCUCAAGUUUGGCGGCCAAGUCCACCGAUUGGGCUCCUACGGAUGAUGCGAGUCAAGGUCCACCUGUCACCGGUUCCUCAUCCAGUUCUCCACUGCCUCCGCAUAUACAAACAUCUGAUGUUUGGCCUACAACCGAACUCUCUCCGAAUUCGGCCUCUCACCUUCCCUCGCCGAUCCCAUUUCAGGAUCCAAAUAUUGCCCUUAAUUCAAGUCAAACUGCUUUUCCCUCCACCGUCUUCCCUCCCGUCUAUGACUCUCGUCAUAAUCUCCCAUCAGUACCAACAGCUGGAGAUCCAAUCCCAUCGGCGCCCGACCUCGACCCUAGCAGGAUGGCCAUCGAGCCAGUCAUCGGGGUCGCACCGAGACACUUCCCCAGUCAACCCCCACAAUCACACAUCACACCCCAGCAUCCAAUCUCAUCGCCUCCCAACCCCCCCGGUACAGGUCUGUCUUCAACAACUCAUAAUCUCCCCCCACCUUUACCACCGCCACAACAAUCUGCCGGAACCGUUCUCUCAAGAGCUUCCAUGGGGGCAGUUUCUUCCAGCCAAUCAGGGCAGAUGAUGGACCCAACUUUGAUUGGAGUGAUUCAGAAACACGCCAAGUAUGCAAUAUCGGCCCUGAAUUAUGAAGAUGUAGUUACAGCUCGAUCAGAACUGCUACUCGCACUUGAUAAACUGGCAUUGCUUGGCUAA